AUGUUAACUCGAUUUAUUUCUGCUAUUCGUUGUAAUCAACAAUCGUUAACAACAAAAUCACUUCGUUUAUUAACUACAACUGCACCAAGACUAAGUGAUGGUGAUCAUGCAAAGUCAAAAGCUGUAGAAAAAGCUUCUCAAGAUCUAAAAACACGUAAAGAACAAAGAUGGUUAGAUACUGUUGCUUCUGAUAGUGAAGCGAUCGUUAAAGGAGAAGGCCAACAUGCAAGAAAACAAGGUGAUGUCAAAAAGGAUAUGGAUAAUCUUCAACAUGAUACAAUUAAAGCAAUUGAAGAAAAACAGAGAAAAGGUCAUCUACCAGAUUUUGAUGUUGGUAAAGGUGAUACACAUGAUGCACGAAUUGGUAGUGGAGGUUCACAUAAAAAAGGACGUUAA